UUGCUCCAUGACUUCAUCGUAAUGUCAAAUUAUAUUCAAACGUGUGUCUAAAUUAAUUUUAUAGAUCUGUGAUAUCAGCGCCUAUGAUAUCAUCACAGCUGCUGUACUCUGACGCAUGCUUUUAUGCUGAAAAUGCAAAUCUGCAAUACUAUAUGAUUUCAUUGUAAUAUUAAAUUACAUUCAAACGUGUCUAAAACUGAGUUUUACUAUCCUGCGAUCUCAUCACAUCUGUCAACGCUUGCAAGAUUUACGUUUGAAUAUGUGUAUGAUCUCAUCAUAAAAUAUGUAAUUUCCACAUUUGAUGUCGAUAUGGUGGUGGGGAUUAUAAAAUAAAAAGAACUUUAAAAACGUUACUCUCAUCAGUUGCUCAUUGUUAGCGGACAACUCUUGAAAAAUACGAGAAAAAUGGCGAACUACUACGUUCCAAUUCAAACCGAAGCAUGCGAGAAAUCAACAUUGCCACACACAUCAAUGAACUACUAUAUUCCGAUUCAGACCGAAGCAUGUGAGAAAUCAACGCCACCACGAUACACAUCACACAUUUUGGGGAGAAGGUUUGCACUAACUCCUACAUCUUAUAAAUGGUUGGAUAUCGGAAUCAACGCAGGAUCUAUAUCCUACGUGGAAUUGGUGCUGGGCGACAAUCGCGGAAAUCAAAUUGCUCUGCCUUAUAAAACGUGGAGAUCGUUGAUUGAGAAACGUAUGGACAUCGAGGGACUUAUGCAGUCAAAAACGACUCCAUUAUUGAUUCACGAACUGAUUGUGCAGCAGAUUAAACUGCGUGAAGAACAUAUUAUAAAAUUAACAUUACACAAUACUUAUAUUUGCAUGAAGCCUGCAACUGUAUCAUUUAUGUUUGAACUUGAGCAUUGUAUUGAACAUGUAUAUUUCGCACUGUGUCAGAAUAUGAAUAAUGUUACUGACAAAUAUAAAUAUUUUGUAACUUACUGCGUCAGAAUUGCAUCACUGAUAAAAACGAUGCAGUAAAUAUUUUGCGAAAAAUUUAUGAUAAAAGUUCACAUAUUGAAUGUGAAUUAAUAGCUUAUGCUUCAGAUAAUAUUGCAUACGAUU